AUGGGGACUGUGAGGCCUAUCAUUUUCGGUCACGAAGGGAUGAUCACUAUACUCGCUAUCCUUCUAAUCGGGUCUUCCGGAGGCGUGAUGAGAGGGGAAAUGAAGCGCGAAACAAAGGAUCAAGAUAUGGGAAGGGGCCUUAUCAUCGUGAUGGCCAUCUUUCCUAGCAUGCAAGAGUGCGGCGAAGCAAUAACAUAUUCAUCGCCACCAAGGCUAGCAGCAGCUAGUGAGGAACAAUUUAUAGGAGCUUUAAGUGAUAUUGGAGUCAUGGAAGAGGAUGGUGGUGGUGAGGAUUUGCUGCUUGAGGAUGAUCUAUUUGAUGAGGAGCUUAUGGAUAUUGAAGAGAAGACUCAGGAGAUGGAAAUCACGGCUCCCCACAGAUCAAAGGGACUAUUGCCUCCACUCAUAAGGGGGGGGGGGGCAAAGGAGGAGCACGACGCUCUCACGGUGGUUCUAGGAGGGUGA